AUGGCAAUGAUAAAGGAGAUUCUCCGAUCCAGAAAUCUCUUGCUCGUUGUUCUCAUUCCAAUUCUGCUGCUUCCUCUGCCACUCUUACACCCCAGUAGCGAAGCUUCAUGUGCCUACGUGCUGAUCGUGACAGCUGUAUACUGGGUCUCUGAAGCAGUACCACUUGGUGCAGCAGCCUUAGUUCCUGCUUUCCUAUACCCACUUUUUGGAGUCAUGAAGUCCAGUGAGGUGGCUGCUGAAUAUUUCAAAAACACAACUUUGCUCCUCAUGGGUGUGAUUUGUGUGGCAGCUUCUGUAGAAAAGUGGAAUCUUCACAAGCGAAUUGCCCUGCGCAUGGUCAUGAUGGCUGGAGCAAAGCCAGGCAUGUUGCUUCUUUGCUUCAUGUGUUGCACCACAGUGCUCUCCAUGUGGCUUUCCAACACAUCAACCACAGCCAUGGUGAUGCCAAUCGUGGAGGCAGUGCUCCAGGAGCUAGUGAAUGCUGAGGAGGAGCACAAGGUCAUCAGUACUGCAGGCAGCACCAUUACUGAAGAAAACAAGCCAAUAGAUCUCAGCGAAAAGCAUGGCCAACCUUCACUGGAGAUUAUCUUCAUCAAUGAGGAUGCUACUACUACUGACUUCAACUCCUUGAUGCACUCGAAGAAUAUGAAUGGUGUGCACAUGAUAGCCAACCCUAUUGGAACAAUGAAUUCUAAGAGCAAUGGGCAGCAUCUACCUCAGGCUCAGGUACUGGUCCUGCCUCCUAAGCCCUCAGAACUGGGCCUAACCACUAAGUACCGGUAUCAGACGAGACAUGACCACAUGGUCUGUAAAUGCCUCUCACUGAGUAUCUCCUAUGCAGCAACCAUUGGAGGACUGACAACCAUCAUAGGGACCUCCACUAGUCUCAUAUUCUUAGAGCACUUCAACAAUCACUACCCAAAGGCUGAAGUGGUGAAUUUUGGAACGUGGUUUUUGUUCAGUUUCCCCAUCUCCCUCAUCAUGUUGGUCCUGACUUGGUUCUGGAUGCAUUGGCUGUUCUUGGGUUGCAAUUUUAGAGAGACCUGUUCUGUGAGCAAGAAGAAGAAGACCAAACGGGAAGAAAUGUCAGAGAGAAGAAUUCAAGAAGAAUAUAAGAAACUGGGAAAUGUUAGCUAUCCUGAGAUGGUGACUGGAUUUUUCUUCAUUCUGAUGACCCUGCUUUGGUUUACUCGUGAGCCUGGCUUUGUACCAGGAUGGUCAUCUUUUUUUGAGAAGAAAGGUUACCGGACUGAUGCCACUGUCUCUGUAUUUCUUGGUUUUCUCCUUUUCCUGAUUCCAGCAAAAAAGCCUUGUUUUGGAAAAAGGGAAAAAGGAGAUGGUGAAAAGUCAACAGACAUUAACACACUGGAUCCCAUCAUCACCUGGAAGGACUUCCAGAAGACCAUGCCCUGGGAGAUUGUAGUGUUGGUUGGAGGAGGUUAUGCCUUAGCAGCUGGAUGCAAGACCUCUGGCCUCUCUACGUGGAUUGGGCACCAAAUGCUGUUCCUCAGCAGCCUUCCCUACUGGGCUGUAACUCUACUGGCCUGCAUUUUGGUGUCACUGGUAACAGAGUUUGUCAGUAAUCCAGCAACCAUAACCAUCUUUCUACCUAUUUUAUGCAGCAUGUCAGAAACCCUACUUAUCAACCCUUUGUACACCCUGAUUCCUGUCACCCUGUGUAUCUCAUUUGCGGUGAUGCUACCAGUGGGUAAUCCUCCAAAUGCCAUUGUCUUCAGUUAUGGGCACUGCCAGAUUAAAGAUAUGGUGAAAGCUGGCCUGGGUGUAAAUCUGAUUGGCCUGGCUGUGGUCAUGGUAGCAAUCAACACUUGGGGAAUUAGACUCUUCCAGCUGAAUACUUUUCCAGAAUGGGCAGCAGUCAGCAACAUCACUAACCAAACAUAA